AUGGAAACAAAUCAGGAACUCACACAUGAUGAGAAGACAAUUUAUGAUCGCCAGAUCAGAGUAUGGGGACAUGCUGCACAGGAGAAACUUAAAAAUUCAAAAGUACUCGUUGCCAAUCUUGUAAGUGGAUCUGUGUCAGAAUCUCUCAGACAUCUUGCUCUCAAAGGAGUGAUGAUUGAUAUCCUUGAUGAUAGAAUGCUUGAGAGCAAAGAGGAGCUUGAGCGUCAAAUGAGCAUUCACUACCUCAUCAAUGAAGAACAAGAAGGAAUGAAGAUCUCAGAAGCUUUUAAGCAAUCCUUAGAUAAGAUCACUCAGUUUGCAAAGAUCAGCGUCAUUGAAGGAGACAAUCUUGGAGCAGUUAAGAAUUUAGAGGAGUAUUCAGCCAUAAUACUUGGAUACAACAAUUUUAGUGAGACUAAAGAUCUUCCAACAGAUUUGGAAGUGCCAAUUGUACUAGCGAAAAGCUAUGGAGCAGUCGGAGUCAGUUUCUGUCAUCUUGGAUCUUCUUAUAGUUUCACUGAAACUUUAAAGAUAGACAACAAAGAUAUGACAAAGACGACUAUAUACAAUGAUUCCAAGCCCAUUAAAGAUUGGAUGGAGCACUGGCUUAGCUUUGAUAAGUUCACUCCAAAACUCCUCUCAAGAGUCAGAGUCAAAAAGAAGGCCAAAGAAGAUUUUAUUGUUGCCUUGCUCAUUACAUUCAUUUCUGAAAGCCAAGGGAUAGAUCUUUCAGAUGCAAAAUCCCAGGUCAUUGAUAUAUUUGAGAAGAACAACAAGGGAGCUUUACUGGAAGAAACAUCAGACUUAGAAAAGUACCUCGGUGAUAUUAAAGAGAGCUAUAUUACUCCUGAGUUUCAUCCCGUUCAGUCUGUAUUAGGAGGGCAUCUUGCCCAAGAAAUGCUCAAAAUCGUGACAAAGAUGGGCAGACCUUUCUAUGGUCUGUAUCUCUAUAAUGCUGUGGAGCAACAAGGAAGGUCUUUCCCUCCUACAUAUUUGCAUAAUUUAGUGUAAUUCAAAUGUUCAAGCCAAGGAA